UGGUUCUGCCUAGAAAUAAGAAAUAAAGGGAGAAAUAAAAAAACAGAGAGCAUUUAGCAAAAUAAUACAAACGCCAAAAAACGUGUCGACAUCAAAAUAUGAAAAUGCUACAGAAUUUAGUACCAGUGAAAGCUGCAAGAGAGGUAUGUGAUGAGUUCCCCAGUAACGCGCAUUGGGUGGCACCAUGCAGUGUGAAAUUGUGAAUACCAAGCACUUUCCUUGCAAUUUUCUUCCGUCUUUUCUUUUCCCAUGUACCCAGUUCAUAUUAUUUUUGUCCUUUUCUUUAUAUCGCCUACCUGUAAACACGAGGUCAAUAUUUGACCUGGGAGCUUCACCACCCCUCCACGUUAGCUAAGCCUGUGGUUUAUUGGAGGCUUCCCUGUUCUUCUUCCUCUUUCACACGUCAUGGCGCCCGUACCAUGUUGUUGAAGAGUCAGACCCGGCGCACGCUACUCUGGGAUCCUCAACGCGUCCACUAUAAUACGCACCUUUUAAACAAGACUGCGCCACCCACGAGGUUGCACCACACUAUUGCUUUCUAGAAUUUGUGGCAACAGACCCAGGUUGCCAAGUAAGGGGAAGAGAGGAUAUGGCUGGCGACGAGGAGACGACGACGACGACGACGACAGCAACACUUGAAACAACGUCCACUUGGGCUGUUGCCUCUGUUUGCUUCAUUUUGAUUGCACUCUCCAUACUUAUUGAGCAUGCCCUCCAUCUCUUAGCCAAGUACUUCAACAAGAAGCGGAGGAGCUCUCUCAUUCAUGCUCUUAACAACGUCAAAUCGGAGUUGAUGCUCUUGGGGUUCGUAUCUUUGUUGCUGACUGUGUGCCAAAAGUCUAUUGCGAAGAUUUGUAUCCCAAGGAGCGUAGGUGAAACUUUUCUUCCCUGCAAGACCUUGACAGAAAGUGAUUCAGAAGAAGAAACCAAAUGCGAAGAGCAGGGAAAGAUGUCUUUGUUGUCUAGACAAGGCGUGGAGGAACUACAGUACUUAAUUUUCGUGCUGGCCUUCUUCCAUUCGCUCUACUGCGUCCUCACAUUCGGUCUUGGGAUGGCCAAGAUGAAGAAAUGGGAGUCCUGGGAGGCAGAAACAAGAACACUGGAAUAUCAGUUUACAAAUGAUCCACGGAGGUUCAGGCUCAUCCAUCAGACAUCAUUUGGAAAGCAACAUCUGAGAUAUUGGAGUGAGCAUCGGAUACUUCGUUGGCCGGCUUGUUUUAUUCGGCAGUUCUAUCCAUCCGUCUCCAAAGUGGAUUACUUCACUCUUAGACAUGGGUUCAUUAUGGCCCAUUUUGCAGAAGGAAGCAACUAUGACUUCCAAAAGUAUAUAAAAAGAGCUUUGGAAAAAGACUUUGGAGUGGUGGUGGGAGGAAGUUUCUGGGUUUGGAGUUUCUCCAUGCUUUUUGUGUUCUUCAAUGCUCAAGUAUUUUACAACUAUUUAUGGCUACCCUUUAUUCCAUUGGUGAUGCUGUUGUUGGUUGGAACAAAGCUACAGGGCAUUAUAACUAAGAUGUGCUUAGAUAGCCAUGAUAAAGCUCUCGUUGUUAGAGGAACUUUGCUUGUCAGGCCCAGUGAUCACUUCUUCUGGUUUGGAAAACCGGAAUUGCUCCUACAUCUUAUGCACUUUAUAUUGUUUCAGAACUCUUUUCAACUGGCGUUCUUUAUAUGGACUUGGUACAAAUUUGGAUUCAGAUCAUGCUUCCAUGAUACAACUGAGGAUAUCGUCAUAAGGCUUGUCAUGGGUGUGUUAGUACAACUCCUUUGUGGCUACGUGACACUGCCUCUGUAUGCCCUGGUCACGCAGAUGGGGACAUCAAUGAGGACAAUUGUCUUUACUGAGGGGGUCGUUGAAGGUCUGAACAGAUGGAGAAGGAAAGCCAAGAAAAACAUAGCACGCAGGAACAACCACUCAGCUCGUCCCUCCCUGGAUGCUUCACUCGACAAUUCACCUUCUUUUAACACUCUGGAUACUUCUUUCUCUGUAGACCUCGAUCAGCCAUCAUCAGAUGCUGGUUAUUUGACUGUUGAAAUAUCAGAUGAAGAGACGGUCGCUACUAAACGGCCAGAACCGCGUCAGAAGUUGGGAUCUUUUGAGGGUUUCGACUCCUGCAAAACAUCAUAAUAUCUGAUUAUGAGAGGAUUCGAUUAAAAGCUAUUCUUGACAAGCCAUAUGCAAUGCCCACAUCGCUUGUCAGUGAUCAAUGAUGAGGUUGUUGAUUCAAUUCGAAGCUUAAAUAGUACUAAGCUCAACACAAAUCAAAUGGCAUGGUGAUCAUAGUUCAGUGGUGGCUGAAAGAGAGGUUGUACAGUCAUUUCUGCUAUUUUUUCAUCUCUCUAUAUAUUAGAAGCAGAGUACGUAUAUAUUGAUAGAUGAUAUUCAUUUACAGAAGAACACAAAAACAAUGAUGCCUUCUAUGUUAAUUAAACAUACAUGAUGUGAUUUUGUUUGCCAUCUUCCUCGUCUUCCUCAUUGUAUUUCAUCAGAAGAACAGCCACAUUUUGUAAUAGCACAAUUGAGAUUCAUAGGCAUUUGUUUAGGAUCAACCGAUCUUCAAGAAA